GCAUAAGCCUGUUCAGUCCACACACCCCUCUAUCAGCGCAGCAAAAGUGCCCUCAUGGACAAAGCAGCCAUCGCAUGCGUGUACUAAUCCCAUUGGGUUGGCAUGGUGACCGUGACCCACGUGCUUCGACCAGGGCCCUUCAGAGGCACCGCCCUUUCUCCUUCCAGAUGCGCCACCGGGAAGAUUGUCGUCUCUCAAGGUAGCGCGCUCACGACACCUCACCAAAAGAGAGGACUCUCAAGUUGGACCACGACGAAUACGGACCCUAUUCCAUGGUUCGGCAAGUUCAAGCUCAAGUUGCAGCUACACCACGUUAGUGAGGACAAACAUCACGCAUACUUGUACUCCCGUUCGGGGGGCACGUGCCAAGCAUGGUUGGACAAUCUCUUGUCCAAGUACGGAGUGGUAGCUACCGACUUAUACACCAAGAUCAGUUGGGAUGAUCUAAAGGCGGCGUGGCAUAAGCGGUUCCAAGUAGAGCUGCCGGAGAUCAAAGCAAUGGACAAGCUGAUGACCUUCGAACAAGGCACGCUGCCGAGUGUUGACUGGAUUGUCGAGUACCAACGCUUGACAUCCGUCCCAGACAUUCAAAUGGGCUUCAAGGCCGUCAAACACUACUUCAUCUCGAGGUCGUGUCCGGCGUUGGGCAAUGCCUUGACUCAUGUCGAGGACACCCUGACGACAACGGCGGAGCUCUUCGACAAGGCCACGCAGAUCAUUGUUACGAACAAGGAGGCCAAAAACCUCCACCGUUCGUCUGCGACAGGCCUGAGCAGAGAUCAGCAUCGGCUGAAAAUUGUGGUGGUCGAGGUGGCAACGCCAACCGACCAAACUAGCUCGGCCGUGCGUACAAAGCACGAACGAGAUUCCGCUAUUGUCUAUGGUGUAACAGCGAUCUCCACGACACAAUGGGUGCCCAUCGAAAGGCAAAGGCAAAUCGGGAGUCUGAGCACCGCCAGGAGUGAGUCGACGGCACUCUCGACGUCUUCGGAACCGGUCGCUUCGCAGGUGAACGCCCUUCAUUCCGAGGCACAUGCCAAAGUCGAUAGUCCUCCUCUUCUAUAUUCUUAUGAGGACUAUGCCGUCCGUAAUGUUCCUACGCUGGGUACUCAUGCUCAAGGACAAGACGUGUGUGUGGCAUCUUCUCCGUCCGACAACGGCGACUUAUCGUCUUCAAGUGGUUCUUCACAGGAUUCGGCGCACGAGUUCAACAAAGAGGUAUUGGACCCGAUCACGUCCAAGGGUUUCGCAUGGCUUCCUCUCUCGACCACGGGCCGCUUGCCGGGACCGCAAUGUGCAGCAUUAUGCGCUCAUCUUCACACGUACUUAUCCUUCUAUGCACCACCAACUUCGCCGACGGAUGACGAAGUCGCGGUGGGGGACAUCCUUGCGUAUGUUACCAAGGUGGCCCGCGAGUUUCGCAAGCAGCGGUACGACAACAACAACGCACCGCUCCUCUAUGUCCGCAUCCAAGUUGGGCAAGCGUCCUGCAACGCUUUGCUGGAUAGCGGCGCGUCUCGCAAUUUUAUGAGCCAAGCCUUUAUGCAAAGGGCUGGCCUUGGCACACAAGUUUGGAGGAAGGCAAACCCGACGGCGAUCAAGUUGGCGGACGAAAGGACGCAGCAACUUAUCGACCGCUACAUCGACGCCGUACCGGUGUAUUUCACACCUCACGCAUGUGAACCGGUGACGUUCGACAUUUUGGACACGGACUUCGACAUUAUUUUGGGAAUGCCUUGGCUUCCAAAUGCGGAUCACACGAUCAACUUCCACCGGCGGACUCUUACCCGCAAGCUCAACGUGCAAACCGUCAAGAAUGCGGGAUCUCUUCCUCGUAUCGACGAUCUUCUUGAGCGAUUGAGCGGCGCAUUCAAGACGUGGUAUGGACAUUUUGAGUGGGUGGUCAUGCCUUUUGGCCUCACCAACGCCCCGUCGACCUUUCAAGCGGCAAUGACCAACGAGUUUCGUGCGAUGUUGGACUGGUUCGUGCUGGUCUACUUAGACGACAUUCUCGUCCAUAGUCGGUCAUUGGAGGAUCAUCUUGAGCACCUUCGACGAGUGUUGGAGACGCUCCGCCUCGCCAAGUACAAAGCCAACCACGACAAGAGCGAAUUUGUCUGGCAAGAGCUAGAAUACUUGGACCAUUUUGUCACACCAGAGGGCAGCAAUCCGUUGUCGGACAAGAUUCAAGCCAUCCAAGAGUGGCCGGAGCCGCGGAACGUCACGAAUGUCUUGCGCAUAUACGACCCGCUAUUGCCAACGCGCGUCACUACGGAUGCGUCCGGCUAUGGCAUUGGUGUCGUCCUAGAACAACACGAUGGCGUGGACUGGCACCCGGUCGAAUACUUCAGCAAGAAAGCGCCCGUCGUGCACUCCAUUGAUGAUGCACGAAAGAAGGAGCUCCUAGCCUUCGUCCACGCGCUCAAGCGGUGGCAGCACUUCCUCCUUGGUCAAAGUCAAUUCCAAUGGGCAACGGACAACAAUCCGUUGGUCUUCUACAAGACCCAAGACACCAUCAAUAGCACCAUCGCCCGUUGGAUCGCUUUCAUCGACCAAUUCGACUUCUUUCCCGAUCACAUUCCGGGGAAGUCUAACCGUUUUGCAAAUGCUCUUUCAUGGCAUCCGGAUCGUUGUACCGCCGUCUAUUCGACCCUCGAGAUCGGCGACGACCUGCGAGAAAGCUUCAUCCGCGGCUACCAAGCCGACCACGAGGUUCGCGACAAGUACGCGAAUUGCUCCUCUCCUAAUCCAACGCCUUCUCACUACCGGAUCCAAGAGGGGUACUUGCUUGUCCACACGCGGGGCAAGGACCUUCUUUGCGUACCGAGUGACUUUCACUUGCGUACAUGGCUUCUUGGCGAGUUCCAGGAUGCUCCCGCCACCGGACACUGUGGAGUCAAUCGCCGAUUGGCCGACUUCGCGAGCGAUUUUGGUGGCCCGACCUUCUCGGCGAUGUCACACGCUAUUGCGAGUCAUGCGAGGUUUGUCAACGCUGCAAAUCCCGCAACCAUCGUCCGUACUCGGAACAUGACGAUUUUCCCGGGCGACGAUCGCAAGACCCACCAUCUAUGGACGGUUUUCAAGAGGUCGGCGACAUCAUCUCCCAGCGACGCUACGGCAACAGGCCAACCGAGUACUUGGUACACUUUGCGUACUGCACUCACAAAGUUGACCGUUGGUUGACCCGUGCGAAACUCCAAGCAACAGCUCCAGAUGUUCUCGCACGCUAUGAACGCAAGAUGCAAGGCAAGCCGGUAUCUUCGGCUCCACAUCG